UGCCUGCAGGGUGCCGCCCCCUCGACAUGAAACGUCGGCAUCCGACGAAGCAACCAGAGGCGGUGGCCGUCGCCGUCGUCGUGCCGUGCAGGCCGACACCAACAGGGCUGCGUGGAGUCCAGAACAUACCCAAGCCUUUUGCCGUAUUUACUGCAGCCAAAUCGAUAACGGAAACUGCGUGAGGGGUGUGAUGAACAAGUAUGGGUGGAAAGAGAUCCAGUCUAGAUUCUAUGCCGCCACUGGGUUUUGGCAUGACAGACCGCAGUUUGGGAACAGAUAUAGGCAGCUCAGGGGUUUGUGGCAGUUCAUACAGCAAUUGCGCACUGAUUCAGGGCUUGGCCGCCGACCGGAUGGAUCUGUUGUUGCCACGGAGGCUUGGUGGAGAGCGAACACAAUGGGCCAUCCUGAGUGGAAAAAACUGCAGUCCGGUUGGCCUAUUUACCUUGACGAGUUGGACCGCAUGUUCAUGGGUGUUGCCAUUGAUGGGUCGAGUUCAUAUGUGCCUGGAGAUGAGGAUCCUGUGGACGUCACCCCAAAUGAUGAAGAGGAAGAUUCAGAGGACGAUCAUAGCCUCCAGACCCCGCAGAGCACAGGAAGCAAGAGGACACGAGACAGCUCGCAAAGCCUACGCAGUACUGCUACGAGCCCCAACAAGAAGACGAAGAGCCCCGCAGUCCGAGCCAUGGUGUCCCAAAUGCAGCUGCACAACGAGAUACAAACCCAAAGGAAUGCAGCCAUGGAAGGUUUCAUGACGAAGAGGCUGCAGGUGAAGCAGGCCGAGGAAGCAAAGAUGGAGAAACAGUUUGACACCAUAAUGGAAGCGGCAAGGGACUGUGGUGUCACCGAGGACAAUGCGCAGCUGUGGAUUGGUGUGCUCAAGAUUGCUCAGGACAAGGGUGCAUCUUACUUUUUCCUGCGCUCCCUUCCGCAUGGAAGGAAGGCUCUUAUUGAGCACUACGCUAGGGAAGGGGUUCAUUGCUCAGAAGAGGGAAAUGAAGAUGCAGAUUCAGAUGAGGAGUUUGAAAACUUCAUGAUAACACAAUUCAUGGAUGAUUCUGCAGACAUUGGUUUCAUUUACGAAAAAUAUGAUUUGACAUCUAGUGCAAAGUCAACCUCCAUAGAGGCUUUAGGCAUGUUUCUGUGGAUGGUUGGAGCUCCGCAGUCAGUAAGGCAAGCCGAGGACAGAUUUGAAAGAUCCAUGGGGACGGUUCACAACAUGUUUUACAAAGUUUUAAAGUCUUUACUCAAACUUGCUGCUGACAUCAUUAAACCCAGAGACCCAGAGUUCAGAACUAGGCACCCCAGAUUGAUGCACCAUAGGUUUGAUCCAUUCUUCAAGGAUUGUAUUGGAGCAAUAGAUGGAACUCACAUUCCUGUUGUGGUGCCCCAACAGCUUUUGGUCCAGUACAUGUGUCGUAAGAGCAUCACAACACAAAAUGUGAUGGCAGUCUGUGACUUUGACAUGAUGUUUACAUUUGUUCUCGCAGGUUGGCCUGGAUCGGUACAUGAUAUGAGGGUUUUUGAUGAUGCAAUGAAUAAGUACAACAAUGCAUUUCCCCAUCCCCCUCCAGGCAAAUACUAUCUGGUGGACUCGGGGUACCCGAACCGACCGGGUUACUUGGCUCCUUACAAGGGCAGCAAGUACCAUCUUCAAGAGUUUCAAAACGCCAACGAACCUCAAGGCCUGGAAUCUGACAUAUGA